AUGAACGUAGCGGAUGUGUGCAAAACGUGUUGUUUCCAUUGUCAGGUGCUAAUCUAUCGUCGGAUCGCCAGGGUCGAUGUCGCUGAUCAAGUCAAGGAGAUACUGGCAGGUGUACAGACUAAAAUGGCUGCACUCGACAAGCUCCACGCAAAGCAUGUCCUGCCGGGAUUCUCGGAUCGGACGGCAGAAGAGAGGGAGAUAGAGGCAGCCACUACGGACAUUACCAAAGACUUCCGUCAAUGCAGCAUUCUGAUUCAACGGAUAGGGUCGGUACCAACGCACACGUUCCCACCUUCCCAAGCCGGAGGGUCAUCACACCACCAUGAACUUGCAGCGAAGAACGUGCAGCGAGGCCUCGCGGCAAAGGUCCAGGAACUGAGCGCCACAUUCCGCAAGAAGCAGCGGGUGUACAUGGAAAAACUGCAAGGGCACGCGAUCAAGAACCAAGACCUGCUGGCUGCGUCGGGCGCGGUGUCGCUGAAGGGGUCAGCAGGCAUGUCUGCGCUCGACGAAGACAUUGAGGCAGCGGCACAAUCUCACGAAAGCGCUGUGCUGCGCCAAGUCACGAUGGCCGACGCUAACUUGGAGGCACGGGACAGAGAGCUCACGGAGAUAGCCAGGUCGAUCUCUGAACUGGCAGAGCUGUUCAAGGAUCUCUCCGCACUCGUCAUCGACCAAGGGACUCUGCUGGACAGCGUGGAAUACAACAUCGAGCAGACGGCCGCGCACAUGGAGGACGCGGUACGAGAACUGGACACGGCGACAAAGUGA